AUGUCGGAUUCAUUGCCAUCUGGCCCGCCGUCAGAUCCCAAACCCGCCACCUUUGCCACCAAUUCACCAGACGAAACAGUCACCACCUCCACCACAACAACCACCUCUACCCCAGAAGGUUCAUCUUCACCACCUGUUCAGAUCCCUCUCUCAUGGCCUCCCGAUUCUUCCCUCACUCUCGACUGGAUCCAAAACCUCAUUUCCGCCUUUGAUUGGUCUUCCAAAAACCUCCCCCCAUCUGAACUCCCUUCAGUCCUCCCUGUAUCCGUCUUUGACACUUUAGUCCUCACCGCCUCGAAAAUUCUUCACAAAGAGCCUAACUGUGUUAGAAUUGAUGAUUGUAAUGAAAAUUCAAAAGGGUAG